AUGGCGCAAGCAGGUCCUAUCACGGACGUCACCCAUCGGCUGUUCUUCGACCUAAAAUCCAAGAACGAGGAAGUACGGGCGCGAGCUGCCUACGAUCUUUACGAUAAUGUCAUUGCCAUUUCAAGAGAUUGGCCGCCGGAAAAGUUCCUUGAGUUCUACAAUGCAGUCAGCCAAUGUAUCGCGCAGCUCGUUGUAACUGGUAGUGAUGCCAAUGAAAGAAUCGGCGGUUUACUCGCUUUGGACCAUUUAGUCGAUUUUGACGGAGUCAGUUCAGCCCAGAAGAUCACUUGUUUUGCCAGCUACCUCCGCAUCGCGCUCUGA